AUCCUUGUACCGAGGAAUAUUUUAUGCUUUUUUAAUGUUUACUUAGAGUGCAUUAUCUAUAUGUAUGUAUAGUAUGCUAGUAUAUAGUGUUGUCGUUAAUCAGCGGUAACGUUUGUCUUUUUAUUGCUUGUCGUUAAUUACUAACAGAAGCUCAAGAAAUAAACUUGUAUGUAUAAUGUACCUUGCUAAAGCACAAUGCCUGAAGUGAAGUCAAUGUUUAGAGAGGUUUUGCCUAAACAAGGUCAGCUUUCCAUGGAGGACGUGCCCAUCAUGGUCCUAUGCAAACCCAAACUCCUCCCUCUGAAGUCGGUGACGCUGGAGAAACUGGAGAAGAUGCAGCAAGAAGCUCAGGAGCUCAUUAAACAACAAGAAUUGGCUUUAAAGGAUCAACAACAGUCUGAAAAAGCAGAGUAGGGUAUACAUUAAGGAUCAAGUACACACUUCCAUCACAACCUAAUAUCAGCACAUAUCACUUUUAUAGUCAGUCAUAUCUCAUGUACGGUGGUCAACCAUCAGAUCAAAAAUGUUGUUCUUUUGCUAGAAUUUAUAUUUAUGCAUGAGGUUAUGUAUGCUUUAGUUCAUAAGGCUGCAUAGGCACAUUAAGAAUUAUUUAGAUAUGUUCAAAUCACUAUAAUUUAAAAGAGGCAGUUCAGUUUCAGAUAUAUGUUUUUGUUCCACAUGUCAGCAAGUUCAUUCACAACAGUUGCAGGUGUGUUGCAUGGUUUCAAUAGCUAUAUUUUCAAAUUGAUUGUAAAUAUAUGUAAAACUGCAAGUCACUGUGAAUGUGGGUUUUUGUCGAAUAAAAUGGCAGCUAAGUAAUGCAUGAAAUUGGGAUUAUG